GAAGACCAAGGCUACAGCGAACCUUCGCCGAUCCAAAUACAGGGUAUUCCUGUGGUAUUGAAGGGGAGUGAUGUAAUGGCAGCUGCGCAAACGGGAACGGGAAAGACAGCUAGUUUUACUUUACCCUUAUUGCAGCGCUUGUCAGCAGGGAAAAGAGCAGCACCUAAUCAAGCCCGUGCGUUGGUAUUGACGCCCACACGUGAAUUAGCGGCUCAAGUGCAAGAUAGUGUGGUUACCUAUGGCAAGUAUUUGCCGCUUAGUUCAGCGGUUGUUUUCGGUGGGGUAAAGAUAAAUCCACAGAUGAUGCGGUUGCGCAAAGGUGUGGAUGUGCUGGUGGCGACGCCAGGUCGUCUAUUGGAUCUUUAUAAUCAGAAAGCAGUGAAGUUUGAUCACCUAGAGAUUCUGGUUUUAGAUGAAGCAGAUCGUAUGUUGGAUAUGGGUUUUAUCCAUGAUAUACGCAAAAUCUUGGCUUUAUUACCAAAG